CAUUUGACCAACCGAAACUCGACGGCCCACCCACCAACCACCACCACCACCACCACACCCGCUCCUCCUGCUCCACCGCACUCUGCAGUCCGCACCCGCGCGAGGCUUCCGCUCCGCUCCCCUCCGAUCCGUGGCCUCCUCAUCGCCCCUAUUAAACGGGAACCCAGCCCGGCGUCCCCUUCUCGGCUUCCUCCUCCACCAUCCAUCCAUCCGCGCGCGGUGCGUAGUAGCGAGAAGAGAAGGGGGGGAGGGCAAAGCGAUGGCUCCGAUGAAGCUGUACGGGUCGACGCUGUCGUGGAACGUGACGAGGUGCGUGGCGGUGCUGGAGGAGGCCGGCGCCGAGUACGAGAUCGUGCCGCUCGAUUUCUCCAAAGGCGAGCACAAGGCCCCCGACCACCUCGCCAGGAACCCCUUUGGUCAGGUGCCGGCUUUGCAAGAUGGUGACUUGUUCCUCUGGGAAUCACGUGCAAUUUGCAAGUAUGUAUGCCGCAAGAACAAACCAGAGCUGUUGAAGGAUGGCGACCUCAAGGAGUCAGCAAUGGUGGAUGUGUGGCUUGAAGUGGAGUCCAACCAGUACACUCCUGCACUGAACCCCAUUCUUUUUCAGUGCCUAAUCCGUCCGAUGAUGUUUGGGGCACCCCCCGACGAGAAAGUUGUUGAGGAGAACCUUGAGAAGCUGAAGAAGGUGUUGGAGGUGUACGAGGCGCGCCUGACGAAGUGCAAGUACCUGGCUGGAGACUACAUCAGUGUCGCGGACCUAAGCCAUGUGGCUGGCACUGUAUGCUUGGGGGCUACUCCCCACGCAUCCGUGUUGGACGCAUACCCGCAUGUGAAGGCCUGGUGGACUGACCUGAUGGCAAGGCCGUCUUCCCAGAAGGUGGCUUCACUGAUGAAGCCUCCUGCUUAAGGUAGUUGUUCUAGGCACAGGUUUGUCGUCCAUGGUCCACAGAAUAAGCUGAGGUGUGCCCAGUUGGUUGCUCGUUUAAGGAUUUGUGUUAUUAUGUGUGUCCUGGAUGUUGAAUGUUCAAGCAAUCAGGAUUGUGUUGUUAUGCUGCAUAUGAUCCAACCUAAGUCUUGUACUGCUAUGAGCAUUCUUGUGCUCUGGCCUUCGCUCUUGAGAACCUUAUAAUAAAUUCUGCUUUUAGUCACCUA